UCGUGUAUUUAUUACCAAGAAGAGAAAGAAAAAAAGUCUGUUCUUUUCCACUUGAUUACGUCAGCACACAUCACAUCAAGCUCCAAACUCCAAUGUCCGUACAUCCCGACCAACUACUGUGUGUUUUAUUCCCGUUCUUCACGCCAAACCAAAGAACAAUCAAACCCCAUCGCACAAUUUGAUUCGUUUGCCUUGUUCAAUUGAGUAAGAACUAAGAAAAGGAAGGAAGGAGAAAAAGGACUGAAAGUCUGAAACAGUCGCCGUCAAUUCACACCGCACCUGAGUCCAACUGCUGUGAAGUUGGUGAUGAAUUUCAUGAUUUAACGAUGAAAUGGACGGAACGAAAAGCUUAAUCAGCCGAUGUUUUCUUUCUCCGACGUUGUUGUUUGUAGCUGCAACUACUCGCCGUUGACACGUCGGACUCGUUCCGAUCACCACGCGCCGCCGUCAACCAUGAUCGCCGUUUUUCUCAGCACAUUUCAAGAAUCUCAGACCCGGGUUUUUCUCUUCUAGCUAAUGGAAUCCUCCACUUCUCGUCCUGCUGUAGUCAUCGACAAUGGCACUGGGUACACGAAACUGGGUUUUGCCGGAAACGUAGAGCCCUGUUUUACAGUUCCGACAGUAGUUGCAGUAAACGAGUCGUUCGUCAACCAGGCCCGGCCCGGUUCAACAAAGGGCAGCAAUUGGCUGGUGCAGCAUAGCGCAGGGGUGAUGGCCGAUCUCGAUUACCACAUAGGCGAAGAGGCGGUCGCCAGAUCUAAAUCCAGCACCACUUACAGUUUGAGUUAUCCCAUGAAACACGGUCAGGUUGAUAAUUGGGAUUCGAUGGAGAGGUUCUGGCAGCAGUGUAUAUUUAACUAUCUACGCUGCGAUCCAGAAGAUCACUACUUCCUGUUGACCGAGAGCUCGUUGACUGCGCCGGAGAGUCGCGAGUACACCGGAGAGAUCAUGUUCGAGACCUUUAAUGUUCCGGGACUUUAUAUAGCUGUGCAGCCUGUUCUUGCAUUGGCUGCUGGAUAUACCACAUCCAAGUGUGAAAUGACAGGAGUUGUAGUGGACAUCGGAGACGGGGCUACUCAUGUUGUCCCUGUUGCAGAUGGUUAUGUUAUCGGGAGCAGCAUUAAGUCGAUUCCGAUUGCAGGGAAAGACGUCACUCGGUUCAUCCAACACCUCAUGAAAGAAAGAGGAGAGCAUGUUCCACCCGACGACUCCUUCGAGGUUGCGCGUAAAGUGAAGGAAAUGUAUUGCUACACUUGUUCCGAUAUUGUCAAGGAGUUCAAUAAGCACGACAAAGAGCCAGCAAAAUACGUUAAGCAGUGGAGAGGUACUAAGCCGAAAACCGGGGCUCCUUAUUCUUGUGAUAUAGGCUAUGAACGGUUCCUUGGCCCCGAGAUAUUCUUCAACCCUGAAAUUUACAGUGACGAUUUUACGACGCCUCUGCCUGAUGUGAUUGACAAAUGUAUUCAGUCCGCUCCAAUAGAUACACGAAGAUCGUUGUAUAAGAAUAUCGUAUUAUCCGGAGGGUCAACCAUGUUCAAAGACUUCCACAGAAGGCUGCAAAGGGAUGUGAAAAAGAUUGUCGAUGCUCGAGUUCUUGCCUCUAAUACUAAGCUUGGUGGAGAAUUAAAGGCACAACCUGUUGAAGUAAAUGUCGUAAGCCAUCCUAUCCAGAAAUGUGCAGUUUGGUUUGGAGGCUCUGUACUUGCAUCCACCCCCGAGUUUUUCACAGCUUGUCAUACGAAAGCAGAGUACGAGGAAUAUGGAGCGAGCAUAUGCCGCACGAACCCAGUUUUUAAAGGAAUGUAUUAAUUAGUCGAUCGAUCAAAUUGUUAGUUAUACGGAGGCAGUUUCUUUCCAGGCGUAAAAAAACGGAGAUUCUUAUAUUCUUUCAGACAUUCGGUAGAGUUCAGCUCAGGUUUUCGACAAUGCUAAGGGCGGCUGUUUCGCAUGUUCAGUAAUCGUAAGGUCUGUUUUUAUCUCUCUAAUUGAUCAAAUAAUUUGAUUUAUCAUAAUGUUUUAUAUUUGUAGUA